AUGAAUCUAUUCGGAGUUUAUAUUUGCAUACAAUUUGCGUUAUUAGCAUCUGCUUUGAUCCCUGAAUCGGAGUUCAUACAGCAUAUACUAUUCAAACUGUAUACCAAUAAGAAUCCAGAAGAUCCUCAAAUUUUAAGACUAUGUGAUUAUUUUUCCAUUAGAGAGUCCAACUACAAUACAAGACUCCAGACAAAAAUUUUGAUACAUGGUUAUAUCCCAAAUUUUGAUAAGAGAAAUACUUAUGUAGUACGAGAUGCGUAUUUAUCUUUAGGAGACUAUAACUUUAUUGAAGUUGAUUGGACGUAUUUCUCAAACACCACUUAUCCUAAAGCAGUUCAAUUAGUACCAAAAAUAGGAGAGGAAGUUGCAAAAUUCGUAGACGACUUAAAUGAAUUAUUCGAACUUAAUUUUAAUGAAUCCGUAAUUAUUGGACAUAGUUUAGGCGCGCAUGUGUCAGGAUUUGUUGGAAAGUUCGUGAAACGUGGAAAAAUAGCUGGUAUUGUUGGACUGGAUCCUGCAAGCAUUGGUUAUGAUUAUGCAGUACCCGGAACUCAUUUGGAAAAAACUGAUGCCAAUUACGUUGAAACUUUACACGUUUCAACCAUUAGAGGAACACUGCUGCCUGUUGGCGAUGUAUCAUUUUAUGCUAACUAUGGUAGAGAACUACCAGGUUGCGAUGGUGGUAUUGUAGUUGUCAGAGAUUAUUGCUCCCAUGAAGGCGCACCAAGAUUUUAUGCAGCAGCAAUCGUUGGUAAACUACUUGGACCAUAUUAUAAAUGUGAAUCAUUUAAAAAUAUUUUAGAACAAAAUGGAUGCACUGAAUUGUCAGUUACUGCAAAAAUCGGUGAUCCAUUAGUCAUUAAUCAUGUUGAAGGUUUAUAUAAUUUAGCAGUAACGGAUGGUGAUAUUUAAUCAACUACGUGUAUCCGUAUACAUGUACAUUAAAACUUUUAUAUAAAUACAUAUUUUGUACUGCAAUUUUUAUUAAAAUUAUUUGUAACUAAAUUACACAAAUUGUUACCAACAG